AUCGGCUUUCGUAAGUCUCGAUCAACCAGACGCUCAACCGUAAAUCUCCGAGCGUCUGGUUGAACGAGACUACAUCAAUGGCAUCCUCUCUAGUUUCAAGGAGAUUGUACAGAAAAUGUAUUCAACAAGGUCGAUGCAUUGUUCAAGGGAGACAACUUAGAACUGUAGUAAACAGAAAGUGGGCUCGACCAAAACAUGAGCAAUCGACAUGGAAUGCCAGGCAGUUCCAUUCCAGUUUAGUGGUGUUUGGAAACAUUGAACAGUUCAACCUAUCGGACAUUGGGGAGGGCAUUAGAGAGGUCCACAUCAAGGAAUGGUUUGUGACUGUCGGGGAUCAUGUCAAUCAGUUCGAUAAUAUCUGCGAGGUCCAGAGUGACAAAGCUUCAGUGACAAUCACAAGUCGAUACGAUGGAUAUGUCCGGCGAAUCUACUAUGAAGUUGAUGAUAUUGCCCUAGUUGGACAGCCACUAGUAGACAUCGAAGUCAGCGAUGGAUCUUCAUCCAGUUCAAGUUCAAGUUCGGAGUCGGGUGAUACUGACACGUCUUCAUCAGAGGAUGAGUUCAUAGGUCACAAGUUGAAAGGUCAGAAUGUCUUGGCCACACCUGCUGUCAGGAGAAUAGCCAUGGAAAACAAGAUCGACCUUAAACAGGUACCCAGUUCUGGUAAAGAUGGCCGGGUUUUAAAAGAAGACAUCUUAAAUUACAUCAAAGGCCAGCAGACAACACAACCUCCAAAGCCAGUGGAGAAAAAGGCUCCAUCAACGUCACCCCCAGUCCAGAAGCCCUCUCCUGUACCCUCACCAGUCAAAAGGGAGACUGUCGCUUUAGGAACCGAUCGAACGGAGGUGAUCAGGGGAAUCCGAAAAGCCAUGGUGAAAACAAUGACCGAGGCUGCACACAUUCCGACAUUCGGCUACAACGACGAAGUCGAUAUGACCAAACUCGUAGAUCUCCGUAAUGACAUAAGAAGUGUCAUGGACAAGUCUGAGAUCCGCUUCUCGUACAUGCCUGUCAUCAUUAAGGCUGUAUCAUUAGCUUUGUCAGAAUUUCCUAUCCUAAACUCUAUUGUGGAUACAGACUGUGAAAAUAUUACAUAUAAGGCAGCACAUAAUAUUGGGAUUGCCAUGGAUACGCCGGAAGGUUUGGUAGUCCCCAGUGUAAAGAACGUCCAAUCCCUGAGUAUUUACGACAUCGCUAUAGAGCUCAAUCGCCUUCAAUCCCAGGGGGCAGCAGGAAAACUGACCAAUGCUGAGAUGACAGGAGGCACAUUCUCUUUGUCAAAUAUUGGAGUGAUAGGAGGAACGUAUGCUAGACCUGUGAUAUUACCACCGGAGGUGGCCAUUGGAGCCUUCGGAAAGCUUCAGACUUUACCUCGUUUUGAUGACCAGGGCAACAUCAUCAAAAAACAGCUCAUGUGUGUGAGUUGGUCCGCUGAUCACCGGAUCAUAGAGGGCGCAACAAUGGCCCGCUUCUCCAACUUGUGGAAGUCAUAUUUAGAAAACCCUAGUCUUAUGCUGGUCUACAUGCGAUGAUCCUCCGAGGAGAAGACAAAGGAACGAUCAAUUUCAUUCGUCAUUUGCUCAGCAUAAUAUGAAGCCAUAUCAGUUUAUAGGAUCAAUAUCCCAGAAUUCCAGGCUGUGAAAAUUUGUGUACAAACCAUUUUUCUAGGAAUCUUUCCAAUUUGAAGUGCUAAAGACAACAUCUAUGUUCUCAUGAAAGUAUGUUAUAGAGAAAUAUUUUAUCUUAACUGGGAAAGGCGCUCUCCUGGAAGCAUUGUGUUUCUCUCUCGGUAGUUUGUGCUGGUUUUCAAAUUAUGGGUCAGUAUUAAUGUACCAGAUACCAUGAUCCCUCUGUUACAAGUGAAUAUAUAUAUAUAUAUAUAAUCUGAGUUGAAUCUCAUCAAACAUUUACAAAAUCAGUCAUGUGUGAAUAAUUGAAAUGCCAAUAAAUUUGAUGCAUAUCAA